GCGGACCCGCCCCCGCCCUCCUGGGCCGCCCUCGUGCACCAGCAGCCCCGGAGUCCCCCUGUCUCUGUAGUCUGGGCAUGGCGCGCGCAGUGGAGCCUGAGCGGCGGCUGCUGGCCAUUUACACAGGCGGCACCAUCGGCAUGCAGAGCGAGCGCGGCGUGCUCGUCCCUGGGAGGGGUCUGGGUGCUGUCCUGAGGACGCUGCCCAUGUUCCAUGACGAGGAGCACGCCUGGGCCUGCGGCCUCUCCGAGGACACCUUGGUGCUGCCCUGCGCCAGCCCAGACCAGAGGGUCUUCUACACCGUGCUGGAGUGCCAGCCCCUCUUCGACUCCAGCGACAUGACCAUCAGCGAGUGGGUUCAGAUUGCCCAGACCAUAGAGAGACACUACGAGCAGUACCAUGGUUUCGUGGUCAUCCACGGCACAGACACCAUGGCCUUCGCUGCCUCGGCGCUGUCCUUCCUGCUGGAGAACCUUCAGAAGACCGUGGUCCUCACCGGGGCCCAGGUACCCAUCCAUGCCCUGUGGAGCGAUGGCCGUGAGAACCUGCUGGGCGCGCUGCUCAUGGCCGGCCAGUACGUGAUCCCCGAGGUCUGCGUGUUCUUCCAGAAUCAGCUGUUUCGGGGCAACCGGACCACCAAGGUGGACGCCCGGAGGUUUGCGGCCUUCUGCUCCCCCAACCUGCCCCCUCUGGCCACUGUGGGCGCCGAUGUCACCAUCAACAGGGAGCUGGUGCGGAAAGUCGGCAGGAAGGCGAGGCUGGUGGUGCACGACAGCAUGGAGCGGGACGUGGGCCUGCUGCGCCUCUACCCCGGCAUCCCUGCCGCCCUGGUUCGAGCCUUCCUGCAGCCCCCCAUGAAGGGCCUGGUCAUGGAGACCUUUGGCUCGGGGAACGGGCCCACCAAGCCGGACCUGCUGUGGGAGCUGAGGGCGGCGGCUGAGCGCGGCCUGGUCAUUGUCAACUGCACCCACUGCCUUCAGGGGGCAGUGACCUCGGACUACGCAACUGGCAUGGCCAUGGCAGGAGCUGGCAUCAUCUCAGGCCUCGACAUGACAUCGGAGGCCGCCCUGGCCAAGCUGUCGUAUGUGCUGGGCCAGCCGGGGCUGAGCCUGGACGACAGGAAGGAGCUGCUGGCCAAGGACCUCCGCGGGGAGAUGACGGUGCCCACGGCUGACGAGCGCCAGCCCCUGCUGCUGGGCAGUACGUUGGGCAGAGGGGCCGCCUGGCUCCUCAGUCUGAGUGGCAGCCAGGAGGCAGAUGCUGUGCGCGAUGCCCUGGCGCCCAGCCUGGCCUGUGCCGCGGCCCACGCCGGCGACCUGGAGGCUCUGCAGGUGCUCGAGGAGAUGGGCAGUGACCUGAGCCUGGAAGACUUCCGCGGCCAAACCCCGCUGCAUGCGGCCGCCCGGGGGGGCCAUGCCAGGGUGGUUAGCAUGUUGUUGCAGAGAGGUGUGGACGUGAAUGCCCGUGACGAGGAUGGCUUCAGCCCACUGCUGCUGGCCGUGCGGGGCAGGCACCAGGGUGUCAUUGGCCUGCUGCGGGCGGCCGGGGCCUGCCUGUCCACCCAGGAGCUGGAGGACUCGGGGACGGAGCUGUGCAGGCUGGCAUCCCGGGCAGACGGCGACGGCCUGCGGGCGUGGUGGCAGGCAGGGGCCGACCUGCGGCAGCCGGGCUAUGAUGGGCGCAGCGCCCUGUGUGUGGCAGAAGCAGCUGGGAACCUGGAAGUGGUGGCCUUUCUACAGAGCCUUGCAGGGGCGUUACCGCUGAGGCCCCAGGUCCAGUGAGGGACCUGGGCGGGGCUGGCACCACCCUGCCCCAAGAGGCUGCCCCAUGACAGACCAGACCUGAGCACCGAGGGCCCCAGCCUCGCUCCAGACGCUUCCACGGCUCGCCCCGCCCACCGCCCCAGGGGGCCCGGGGUUGGGUGCCUCCACCUGCUCCCAGGCUGGGCUCCCAGGCCGGCCCCGGCGGGCACCCACACCCCUCCCACAGUCUCCGGGCUGGCACUGGGCUUUCCUGUCUGCCCGGCCUUCAUACACCACCUGCACCUCACGUGUUCUCAGGAAGGAGGUCUCGGGAGACCUCACAUUUUCGGGAAGUGCUGCCUGGCGUCUAACUUGAAGCCAUCCUGCUGCAGCACAAGCCAUUCCUCUCCUU